AUGAACAGUGGUAGUUACACAAGCAAUAGCACGUACAAAAGAAACCUUGAUGCACUCCUCUCCUCCGUUUCGCCUAAUAUAAGCGCCAGUGGAUUCUACAACGCCUCUAUGGGAGAAGAUUCUGAUAGAGUCAACAUCAUUGCUCUUUGUAGAGCUGAUCUUCGGCCUUCUCAAUGUAGUAAUUAUGUUGGUAAUGCUACAGCCGAGAUCGUAAAUAAGUGUCGUGGACAAAGGCAGGCAAUUUUAUGGCACGAAUUUUGUAUGGUGCGAUACUCCGACGAGGCUAUCUUUGGAACUCUUGCAACUGUCCCAAACCAGGGGGCUCGAAGUGGGACAAAAGUCACAAACACGGACGUUUUUUACCGGGAGUUGAACAUACUGUUGGACGGUCUUCGUGACCGUGCCGCUAAUAAUAGCUCUCCAAUGAAGUUUGCUGCUAACACUCGGGCUGUCGAUGACUCGACAAUUUAUGCAUUUUCACAGUGCACACCUGAUAUAACCUCAGCGGAAUGUGGUGAUUGCUUAGCAAAAUCUGCGCAAAAGGUUGGAAAAUGCUGUGUAAGGGUGAAAGUGGAGUUAGAAUCCUUAUGCCUAGUUGCUAUCUUCGUUACGAAAGCUUUCCGUUCUACAACGAUACGAUGGUUAGAGCGGUACUGCAGCCACCAACGCCGCCAAUGCCACCGCCACCUCAGUCGUCGGGUUCGGGAGAUCAGUACCAUUGAAUGCCUACAAUAUGACCUUAGGACUAUAAGAGCUGCAACAGACAAUUUCUCUGAUGCUAACAAGUUGGGGCAAGGUGGAUUUGGUGUUGUUUACAAGGGAAAACUCCCAGAAGGAAACGAAAUCGCAGUAAAAAGGUUGUCCCCUGGUUCAGGGCAAGGUGACCUCGAAUUUAAGAAUGAGGUAAGGCUAUUAGCGAAACUUCAACAUAGGAAUCUUGUUAGCCUCUUGGGUUUCUCUGUUGAAGGAAAUGAAAGACUUCUUAUAUAUGAAUGGGUUCAGAAUGGAAGUCUCGACCGCUUCAUAUGUGAUGUCUACAGCUUUGGUGUCCUAAUUUUGGAAAUCAUAAGUGGUCAGAAAGUUCGUAAUUUUCAGAAUGAAGAGAGUAUGGACAGCCUCACAAGUUUUGUUUGGAAAAAUUGGCACCAAGGAACAGCUACAAAUAUAAUAGAUCCUACAUUGAGGACUUCUUCAGGAUCCAUGCCUGAUAUUAUGAAAUGUAUUAACAUUGGUUUGUUAUGUGUUCAAAAAAAUGCAGCGGAUAGACCUAAAAUGGGAUCGGUGGUUCUCAUGCUCUCUAGCCUUUCUUUAACUCUGCCAGAACCUUCACAACCAGCAUUUUUCAUGUCAGGUAGCUUUCGUCUGGAUAAUUCAUCCAAAGAUCAAUCAGAUUAUACUACUCAUUUAUCAACAAAUGAGGCCUCGAUAAGUGAGUUAUAUCCGCGGUAA